AUGUCCUUGUCUGCUCCACAAAUCAACACUAAUCUCGUCAUCAAGCACAAGAAAGUCGAACUUUCUUCUGGUGCAAAUGUCUUCUAUCUCGAAGCAGGAGACUCUUCCAAGCCUAACCUCUUACUCUUGCACGGUCUCCCAUCGUCCUCCAGACAGUACAAGGAUCUCAUCAUUCUUUUGGCACCUUACUUCCAUAUUGUAGCUCCUGAUCUUCCAGGAUACGGUCAAACCACUGUUGCUGAUGAUUUCGUCUUUUCGUUUGCUGGUUUUGCUGACACUAUCGACUUGUUCUUGGAUACCAUCAACUUUGAUAAUUUUGCCCUCUAUAUCUUUGACUACGGUGCCCCUACCGGGCUUAGAAUUGCUAUUAGAAAGACAAAGACAAUUAAGGCUAUCAUUACUCAAAAUGGUAAUGCCUAUUUGGAAGGUAUCCAGCUGGAUUUCUGGACUAAUUUCAAGAAGGCAUGGAGUAUUUUAGAUACUAAACACAAGACUGAAGAACAGGAAAAGCAAUUUAAAGAGCUCCUAAUUAGUUUCAAACAAUUCUUGUCCACCACUCCUGGCUACACUUUCCAGUAUGAAGAUGGAGAACCAGAUUCUACCUUGGUAGACCCAGAAGCUGGUCUUGUUGAUUUUUAUUUAUUAACUAACUUGCCCAACUCUGUUGAUCAUCAAGUGGAGAUUUUGCUUGAUUACAGAACAAACUUGGACUUGUACCCUGAAUUCCAAAAGUUCUUCAAAGAAACUCAAAUCCCAAUUCUUGCAGUCUGGGGUAAGAACGAUCAGAUCUUUACUGUUGAGGGAGCCCAUGCCUACAAGAAAGAUUCCAAGAAUGUCAAAGUCGUUGAAAUUGAUGCUGGGCACUUCGCUGUUUCUUCCCAUACGGUCGCUAUUGCACAGAAUAUUUUGGACUUCUUCGCUGAGUACAACUUAUUGGGUUAG